UGAAGCUGCUGUCGUCAACAUGAAGAAACAGGCACUUACAGUUUCCACUGCUUAAUCGGAUGCGCGUGCUGCGGUUCCAUCAGAUGCGUGACGACAAAAAUCAGGAAUCCUAUGGCAGCCGACAGUCCCAGCAGAAUAACAAGAGAUGUUCUCCAAACAAACAACAGUUUCGACAACGUAUACUACACAAACCGGGGGAAGUGGCCACUAAGAUUUAUCAUUUCACAAGAAUAUAUUUACUACGGUACCCAGCAAUUUCGCAGGUCGAAUGUGGACAUAAUGCAAUUCGAUAUUUCUCUAGUCCAGCUCGCCGGCCAAACUUCUUGUCCCAGCUUCUGGAGAAUAUCAAACAGGACAUGGCCAAAAAUAAAGAAAUGAAAGAGAGUCUUAAAAAAUUCAGGGAAGAAGCAGAGAAACUAGAACAGUCUGAGGCUCUACAAAAAGCCAGGCAGAAAUUUCAGUCAGUUGAAUCAGAGGCUUCAAGAGGAUCUGAGGUGUUGAAGGAUACACUUGGGUCUCUCAAGGGAAAGGUACAAGAAGCUUUGGAGGAAGCAAGUAAAUCUGACAUUGCCAAGAAAGCUGGACAGCUGACAGAAGGACUGGGCAAGACAGCGCGUGAAGCUGCAGAGACUCUGUCAGAACAAAGUCAGAAAUUGGGUAAAACUGGAGCCUUCCAGACUGUCUCUGAGACAGCUAAAAUAGUGAAAAAAGAGCUGGAUGAGGGCGGGAUACACGCGCACGUGUAUCGUCCACCGGCUCGACUCCGAAAGAGGGUCGAGACUUCAGAAGACGUGGAUGAUAAAGUCAUUGAACCAAACACAAAGGCAACAGGGAUGGAACUUCAUAAGGAUUCAAAGUUUUAUCAGAACUGGCAGAAUUUCAAAGAUAAUAAUCCUUACGUGAACAAAGUACUCGACUGGAAGAUAAAAUAUGAUGAAAGUGACAAUCCAGUGAUAAGAGCAUCUCGUCUUCUUACCGAUAAGGUGUCGGAUAUCGUGGGUGGCCUCUUCCAGAAAACGGAGCUGUCAGAAACGCUGACCGAGAUCUGCAAACUUGAUCCUAGCUUUGAUAAAAUUAAAUUUCUGCGGGACUGUGAGCAAGACAUUAUUCCAAAUAUAUUAGAAGCAAUUGUACAAGGUGACUUAGAAAUCCUUCGAGAUUGGUGUUACGAAGCUCCAUUUAAUUUAUUGGCUACUCCUAUAAGACAAGCCGCUGCUGCUGGUUAUCGAUUAGAUUCAAAAAUAUUGGACAUUGACAAUGUAGAUUUAGCAAUGGGGAAAGUUAUGGAUCAAGGACCUGUGCUAAUUGUGACUUUCACUUCGCAACAGAUUCUCUGUGCACGUGAUAAUAAAAAUAAUGUAGUAGAAGGUGAUCCAGAUAAAAUUUUGAGAGUCCAUUAUGUGUGGGUUCUUUGUAGAGAUCGUGCCGAAGUAAACCCAAGAGCAGCGUGGAAGUUACUGGAUCUGUCGGCAAGCAGCACUGAACAAUUUGUUUAAUAAAUGCAAGUGAGAAAAAUUAGUGUUGAUACUGUAUAUCCAUUUCCAAAAAUUAGGUUGCUGUAAAUAUUAUACAUCAAUGUAAUAAUCUGAUCUAGUUUUUGACCUUAACAUUUUUUGGCCUGUUUUACCUUUUGUUCACAUGUUCAAAAUUGUUGUCCUUUUAAAAAUGUGUUACUUAAAAGAACUAAUCUGAAAAAAGUUACUAAUAAAAAUUUUAAAAUUA